ACCCACCCUCCCUUUUGCUCGAUUCUUGCCUCCAAGCAAUGAUUGUCGUCUCCAUCUAGGUCUUCUCGAACAACCAUGCCGGUCUUGGGUUUCGGUGCUCGUCGCGCGCAAGAUGAGCAGCAGCUGGGUGGAUCCGUCUCGCGCUUCUGGCAGAGAUCUUAUGCCUCAGAUUAUGUCGGCCUUGCGAUGCUGGUCGUGCCCUACAUCCUGAUCCAACUCCUGGUCGAACCCUUCCAUCGCAUGUUCUCCCUCGAUAACCUCGCAAUACAAUUCCCCCAUGCCGAAAUAGAGCGGGUCUCGGUCGGCUGGCUCUUCAUCUACGCUGGCGGCGUGCCAUUGGCCCUGUUGAUAGUAUGGGCAGUGCUACUCAGGCCAGGAGGACACAAGGCGCAUGUCACUAUACUGGGCUUCUUCAUCAGUCUGCUCUUGACGUCGUUUAUAACGGACGUCAUUAAAAAUGCUGUUGGACGGCCUCGUCCGGACCUGAUCGCGAGAUGCAAGCCCGAAAAAGGAACACCUGCACACGAACUCGUAACCUUUGAGAUUUGCACUGAAACCGACCACCACACUCUGCACGAUGGCUGGCGAUCCUUCCCCUCCGGACACAGCAGCUUUGCUUUUAGUGGUCUUGGGUAUCUUGCACUCUUCAUCGCCGGACAAUGUCACGUCUUUCGUCCGCGCAGUGAUCUGGCGCGCGUCUUUCUGGCCCUCAUGCCGUUGCUAGGAGCUAUACUCAUUGCUAUAUCUCGUUGUGAGGAUUACAGGCAUGAUGUGUAUGACGUGACAAUAGGGAGCUUGUUGGGAAUGCUGGUUGCUUGGUUUACGUACAGGAGAUAUUACCCGGCUUUGCGGAACAGGAAGUGCGACACACCAUAUCCAAGCCGGGCAGAGCUAGCGGAUGAUCAUGGUUAUGGAAAGAAGCAAGACGAAGAGUCGAGGAUUCAGAGUGCAGCUGAUUUCGAGCUAGAUGAUUUGGACGAGGACGAAAGGGUCCCGUUGCAUAGUGGGUCGUAGCACACGCUGGAUGACCAUUGUGGUACUGCGGUAAACAAUAUUGACGCCUGCAUAAAUACAAAUGCUCACCAGAAUUUGCGAAGAAAAGAAG